AUGCCUUCUGCAGAGUCAAAACCCAGGACCUUGUACGACAAGGUCUUCCAGGACCACAUCGUCAAUGAGCAAGAAGAUGGCACUUGCUUGAUCUACAUUGAUCGUCACCUCGUCCAUGAGGUCACCUCUCCCCAAGCCUUCGAGGGUCUUACCAACGCCAACCGCAAGGUCCGCCGGCCGGACUGCACUUUGGUUACUGUUGAUCACAACAUCCCCACAUCUUCACGGAAAAAUUUCAAGAACGCCGCCGACUUCAUCAAGGAGAACGAUUCGCGUCUGCAAUGUACCACCCUUGAACAGAACGUGAAGGACUUUGGCCUCACCUAUUUCGGAAUGGGUGACAAGCGCCAGGGUAUCGUCCAUAUUAUCGGCCCAGAGCAAGGUUUCACCCUGCCCGGCACAACCGUCGUCUGCGGUGACAGCCAUACCUCCACCCACGGUGCUUUCGGUUCCCUCGCCUUCGGUAUCGGAACCAGUGAAGUCGAGCACGUCCUCGCAACCCAGACCCUCAUUACCCGCCGCAGUAAGAACAUGCGCAUCCAGGUCGACGGUGAGCUCCCUGCUGGUGUUACCAGCAAGGACGUCGUCCUCCACAUUAUCGGUGUCAUUGGUACCGCCGGUGGCACUGGAGCUGUCAUCGAGUUCUGCGGAUCCGUCAUCCGUGGACUUAGCAUGGAGGCCCGUAUGUCCAUGUGUAACAUGUCAAUUGAGGGUGGUGCGCGUGCCGGCAUGAUUGCGCCCGAUGAGAUCACCUUCGAAUACCUUAAGGGCCGUCCUCUGGCCCCCAAGUACGGUAGCGCCGAGUGGAACAAGGCUGUCAAGUACUGGUCCAGCCUGAAGUCUGACGCUGAUGCCAAAUACGAUACUGAUAUUUUCCUUGAUGGAAAGGAUAUCAUUCCCACCAUUUCUUGGGGUACCUCUCCCCAGGACGUGGUCCCAAUCAACGGCGUUGUUCCCGGCCCCGAUGACUUCGAGGACGAGAGCCGCAAGGCCUCUUGCAAGCGCGCCCUUGAAUACAUGGGUCUCGUCCCUGGCACCCCCAUGAAAGAUGUUGUUGUCGAUAAGGUUUUCAUCGGUUCUUGCACGAACGCACGUAUCGAGGAUCUGCGUGCCGCCGCCAAGGUCGUCAACGGCCGCAAGAUUGCCUCCAACAUCAAGCGUGCCAUGAUUGUUCCUGGAUCUGGCUUGGUCAAGCAGCAAGCCGAGGACGAGGGUCUUGACAAGAUCUUCGAAGAUGCCGGCUUUGAAUGGCGUGAGGCUGGUUGCUCCAUGUGCCUGGGUAUGAACCCUGAUAUCCUUUCUCCCAAGGAGCGCUGUGCCAGUACCUCCAACCGUAACUUCGAGGGUCGUCAGGGUGCCCAGGGCCGUACCCACCUGAUGUCCCCCGCUAUGGCCGCCACCGCUGCCAUUGUCGGCAAGCUCGCCGAUGUCCGCGAGCACGUUGUCGCCAGUCCUGUCCUCGGCAAGGCCUCUCCCAAGAUUGACGUCCAGCAACCCGCCCCAGACUCCCCCCAGACCGAGGAGGAUCUCGACCGUGUUCUCGACCAACCUGCUGAUGACCAGCCCCACACCAACACCUCCGCCACCGCCAGUGGAGGUAAGAGCACUGGCCUCCCCGCCUUCACCACCCUCAAGGGUAUCGCUGCUCCUCUGGACCGUGCCAAUGUCGACACUGAUGCCAUCAUCCCCAAGCAAUUCCUCAAGACCAUCAAGCGCACAGGUCUUGGUACCGCGCUUUUCUACGAGCUGCGUUACACCGACGACAAGGAAAACCCCGACUUUGUUCUGAACCAGGGUAUCUACCGCAACUCGAAGAUCCUUGUGGUCACCGGCCCCAACUUCGGCUGUGGUAGCUCCCGCGAGCACGCCCCCUGGGCUCUCCUCGACUUCGGCAUCAAGUGCAUCAUCGCUCCCUCCUUCGCCGAUAUCUUCUUCAAUAACACCUUCAAGAACGGCAUGCUUCCUGUUGUCGUCUCCGACGAGACUGCUCUGCAAAAGAUCGCCGAUGAGGCCCGCGCCGGUCGUGAGGUCGAGGUCGACCUCGUCAACCAGGAGAUCAAGGAUGCUCAGGGUACCAAGAUCGUCUCUUUCGAUGUCGAUGGCUUCCGCAAGCACUGUCUUGUCAACGGUCUGGACGACAUUGGUCUCACUCUCCAGAUGGAGUCUAAGAUCCGCUCUUUCGAGUCCAAGCGUACUCUCGACACCCCCUGGUUGGAUGGCAGUGGCUACCUCCGUCGUGAUCGCCGUGGCGCGACUAUGGUUGAGGCUGCUCCUGUUCCCAAGACCAACCGGGGUGAUGUCAAGAACGAACCUCUUGAGUGGUAA